CAUGGGAAGGCCUCAGUCAGCCAUAUUCUUCAAUUGUGUUUUGCGGCGAAAGGGGGAAUAUAAAAUUAUAUAGAGGGGGGAAAAAAAACAUUUGGCAAAAGAGGCUCGCGCUGGGCAAAAGAAACCAGGCAGAGAGGAAGGGAAAAAUAAAGAGCAGGCCCUAGGACAAUUCGGAAGGAAGGAAGAUGGCUCGUACCAAGCAAACUGCCCGUAAAUCCACCGGUGGCAAAGCACCAAGGAAGCAGCUGGCAACUAAAGCUGCCCGUAAGAGCGCACCGUCCACCGGCGGUGUGAAGAAGCCUCAUCGUUACCGCCCAGGUACCGUGGCCCUCCGUGAAAUCAGACGCUACCAGAAAUCCACUGAGCUUCUGAUCCGCAAGCUUCCCUUCCAGCGCCUCGUCCGUGAAAUUGCUCAGGACUUCAAGACAGACCUGCGCUUCCAAAGUGCUGCCAUUGGCGCCUUGCAGGAAGCAAGUGAAGCCUACCUGGUGGGACUGUUCGAAGACACCAAUCUGUGCGCUAUCCAUGCCAAGCGUGUGACGAUCAUGCCAAAAGACAUACAGCUAGCUCGUCGCAUCCGUGGGGAGCGUGCUUAAACCUCCCGUUACUUUGGGGAGGGGGCG